AUGGAAUUAAAAGCUCAAAUCCUGUCGAGCAAGAUCUCGGAAGUUUUGCGGGUCAUAUCAAAAGCCAGGAGCUCUAAAUGGUUCAUCAUCACAGCCGUCAGCGUUGCGAUAUUUACGGACACUUUCUUAUACGGAGUUAUUGUGCCGUUCUUACCCUUCGCGCUCACUGAAAGGGCAGGCAUAGCAGCUGACAGAGUGCAAUUCUGGACCUCCAUUAUGCUUGCGUCGUAUAGUGCAGCCUUGGUGGUAGCUGCCCCAAUCUCUGGAUACUUUGCUGAUAACUCGCGCUCUCGACAAUCUCCGUUUCUCCUCGGUCUUUUGGCGCUAUCGGGUGGCUCGGUUAUGCUCUGUGUUGGCAGAAAUAUUGGUAUACUUGUGGCCGCCCGCGUUCUCCAGGGGUUCUCAUCAGGCCUUGUGUGGAGUGUAGGACUGGCUCUCCUUAUCGAUACAGUAGGUUCAGACGAAAUUGGUCAAGCUAUGGGGUACGUCGGGAUUGGUAUCAAUCUGGGGGUGCUGCUCUCACCAUUGCUGGGUGGUUUGGUUUUCAAUCGCAGAGGUUAUUAUUCAGUUUUCGCUAUGGUAUUCGCUUUGAUUGCUCUCGAUAUCAUACUACGACUAGCAAUCGUGGAGCGAAAGCCAGCGGCUCAGGAUAAUAGUCUUCAAGAAGAUGCUGAGAGUAAAAUCACAUCGGGUAAUAAUAGAGAAGGCCAGCGCGUAUCAAUUGAGAACAGUCACGAAGGAGAUACCAGACAAAAUAACUCGACUGGAAAACGCAGAGUUCCUGCAGCUUUCACACUACUUUCUUCCAAGCGCUUUGCAGUUGCCGUUUUUGUGAGUUUGGUACAAGCAGCACUCACUUCAUCGUUUGACACCAUUCUUCCCCUCUUCGUCCGUGAUACUUUCGGAUGGGAUUCAACUGGCGCAGGCCUAAUAUUUCUCUCGAUUGUGAUACCCGCUCUUGUGAGCCCCGUGGCGGAAUGGAUAUCGGACCGAUAUGGCACGCGUCUAUGUCUCAAUAUAAUUUUGGCUCCUGCGAUGGCCGAGAUUGCCUACGUUAUCGAAGCAAAGGAGAAGAAAAUGCCAGGUAUAUUCGGCCCCUCUGGUGCAUAUGCGCAGUCAUAUGGCCUUUCCUGCCUGGCUUUUGCUGUAGGCGGUCUCGUUGGUUCAAUCUGGGCAGGCAUGAUUGCUGACCGAUCAGGAUGGAGUACUGUAACAUGGACGCUCGGGCUGCUGAGUGUAGUGACUGUUAUUCCAGUAGUCGUCUGGAUGGGUGGCAGGCUUCAAAUUGGAGCAAGAAGAGAGGGAGAUGUAGAGACUAUCGAACAGACGUCGUGA